AUGGCCAACGCAUUUGGCUCAGCAUGGCGCUCUUUUUGGCAUACCAUGACUUCCUAUGACCGCCAUGCCUCCCACGAUUCUCCCUACCGUACCGGCCGGCACGUCCCUCUCAAUCAAAGCCGCCACGAACCACUCACAUCCAUCGCAACGAGCGCGAUCGAAUCCCGUCCAGACCUCUCUGACCCUUACAAUGAUGAACCUUCAAAGGGGAUGACCACGGUGCAAUCCACCGAAUGGUCCGGUUCUCCGACUGACCACGGCUCCCCCAGUCGUCCCUACUCCCCUGGAAUGCGAUCGUUGGCCUCACAGAAACGCAAAUCCAACGAUCAGGACAGUGCUGGAGAGAUACAGAUGCAGAGCUUCCACGAUGGCGCACCACCUCCACCCCCGGUCGCGCACUCGUGGCGCAAAAUCGAACGAUGGUUAGAGGACAACUUUGAGGAACUCCUGGACAAUCUCGGUGAGGGGUGCACUCAAAACGACAUCAACGAAUUGGAACACGAGCUGGAUUGCAGCCUACCGCUAGAACUCCGUGAAUCGCUGAUGAUUCAUGAUGGCCAAGAACGUCCUGGUCUACCGACCGGCCUCCUCUUCAGCGUCAUGUUAUUGGACUGCGAAGAGAUUGUUCAGGAACGACAUAACUGGAAGACUGUGAACGAGGAUAUUCUCGCUGCUCCAAUGGUGCACAAUGCCCCCGAACUUCUCGAGCGCCAAGACUCCCAGCCUCCUGGCGCUGUCCAAAAAGCCUACGCCCACCCCGCCUGGAUCCCUCUUGCCCGUGACUGGGGCGGUAACCACCUUGCAAUUGAUCUCGCCCCCGGCCCCGCCGGAAAAUGGGGUCAAGUGAUCAUCUUUGGCCGAGACUACGAUUGUAACGGCCGAGCACACGUGGAUGAGGAGACCAAUGAAAUGAAGCUUCUGGAGUUCAAGAAGCAGAACGUUGAGCCACCGUACCUUGAGAUUCUGCGGUGGCGCGUGGAUCAAAAAUACGGCCGCCGUCCGAUGCGUCGACGUGGUCCUAACGGUCUGGGUGCUAACGCAAAUGGAAAAUCCAGCACUCGAGACUCACCAUACGGUAGCCCAACUCGCGCUGAGGAACGAGGUCGGUCCCCCCACCGAUUCCCCAACCGUGGGCCUGUUCAGAGUCCCAAGACUCCGUUCGGUAUUUCGAGUCCUCUCGCACGCGUGACCGAGGAGUCAUCCGCAGCUGGACCUUCGAUCUCUGAGGACCCCGGGGGAGCGCAAAGAAGACUCGAGUGA